AGGAAUCGAUCGAAGACGUCUUGCGCUAGCAGCUCCAUUCCGAUCAUUCAUGUGUCAUGAUUGAUUCGGACUAUUGUCACUUUUGUUUCGUGGCAUAUCGUGUAGCCGGAGACUCUUGCCAGUUUAUAGUCAGGUCCUAGAACUUGGGUUCGCUCAGAACAUGAAGUGCAACCGGCUUUUGUAAACCCGAAAUUGACAACAUAACUUGUGUCCUCAAGUCCUUUGGUCACUCAACCGAAUUUUAUUCACAAUUUCAUUUUGUGUGGGAGCUUUACCAAUUAAAUGGUGUAUGCAAAGUAAACAGUUCCGCUCAAAAUGAAGUGACAGUGCGAGAGAAUUUUAGACUCACUGUUGAAUUAGAUAAAAAAUUGAAAAUUGCACGAAUUUUUAUAUACUUAUCGCAGGGCUAUAAUAUUUUUACAGCCUUACUUGAACAACUUCCCGUCUAAUCAAGAAGAAGUAAACACUCCACAGAAGCAGGGCAGUUUGGCUGAAUUUCGCUCAGCAAAGACGCCCGAAGCUCAAGAUAAUCGUUGUCUGCUCGCCGUGCAUCUCGAUCGCAGACCGCAGCCAUCCACGCCACUGCAGCCUCGCGACCGACGCAAGCUUCAGCCUCUGCAUGCGCCUGUCAUAGUCAGAUUUGACUGGACGAAACGCAACUGAAACGUUAUAGUGAAACGUGCUAUUUACCAUAAUUUAGAUCAUACGAGUGAUUUCCUGUCGAGCAUCUCGGUUAAGAUUAGCACUACGCUAGGUGAAACAUAAGAAAUUCGUUGCAAAAUACUUCAAAACUUGCGUUGUUUCUGAUAACGCAACACUAGCCUAACCAUACUACGGGUGGGGUAUGGUCGCGACUGGAGUUGGAGUACAGAGCCUCACCUCGAACAAGUUUUCCGACCAUGGCUCUUCUUAUGUGGCCUCGAAAUAUGGACACUUCGGCACAGCUCAACAUCGCGUCUAAAGACAACACCUUUGGAUUUGAAGCUGCGCCGCUGCAUAAGAUGGAGAGGGACUGCAUCGCCUCGCCUCCCGGAAGAGGUGACGCAAGCCUUGGCACGAGCGGCUGCUCAGGAGGAGGCGAGCGUGAAGACGCUGUCAGCGACUGCGGCAGCGACCCGUCGUCUCACGACCAGCCCUUGGACGACUCAAUGGACGCGCCUUCACAGGACCAUCAUCACCACGACACCAGCGGUGGUACUGACCACCAGACCAACAUCAACAGUCUUCACCACCACCACCAUCACUACCAACAACAGCAACACCAGAACCAGCAGAAGGUGCUUGACAUGCAACAGCAUCUCCAUCAUCAGAACAUGUUAUCCCAUCACCAGAUGGAGGACUCCAUGGAGGCGCCCUCUACUCCCACCAUGGCGUCUAUUACGCAGAAUAUGAGUGGGGGGCAAACGCCCCCGGUGAGGGUAAAGUCGCCCCGAUCCCCGAGGUCUCCCCUUGGAAGUGGAGCUCCGGAUUCAACUUCUCCAGGAAUUCAUCAUUUCCCUCAAGUCAUGAAUUUGGCUUGGGACUUGACCAACAGCAUCAAGAGAUCCACCACCCCCUCCCCCCCGCCCUCGACCACGCUAUCCAACGACCCCCUCAUAACCCCGGGGCUUCCGUCCCCCCAAACCCCCGCGAGUGUGAGCACCCCCAUCAGCGCCCCCCCGUCGGUGUCCCCCCCGAGUGGCACCCCCACGGGGGCUCAUCCUUCGAUGCAGGCCGCCCUCGCUGCCAUGCAGGCUGGGUCUCUCUCCCUCAGCCAGCUGAUGGCUCUGAACUCGAGCAACCCUCAAAUGAUGCUGCAAAACCAACUGGCCGCAGCAGCCGUGGCUGCCGCCCAGCAAACUCCACCUGUCACGUCGCCCAUCGCAGGGCUGGGGUCAAUGAGUCCGCAAGAACUUCAGAACCUGCAGCAAACACUACAGCGGCAACAACAACAACAACUCCAGCAGCAACUUCAGCAAUUCAUGCUUUUGUCUCAGACUGGACCAGCGUCGCAACUUCCUCCUCAAGCACAACUUUUCCUUCAAAAUCAGCAAAUGCAAUACCUGCAAUCGAUGCUGCAGCGUGGAAUGAUGGGUGCUCCAGGAAUGUGUGAUCUGGGCGCUCGGCUUCAACGUCCACCGACUCAGGAAAGCCAAAUGCCACCUCGCAGUAUGCACCACGAUGUUGCCCAUCAAAUCCAACAGCACUUGCAAAAGGCACAGCAGCAACAACAUCAACAAUCCCAGUCCCAGUCUGUGAACUCGCUUCUGCGCGAUCCUCGUGAAUCUCCUCUGCGUCCACCUCUUCAGGAGUCACCUCAUCUGCGCACGUCACCUUUGGGCCAUCACGCCAUGCACACAACACCUGUGAGUCACAUGGCUCCUCCACUCCUUCGUCCUAUGGCACCUUCUUCACCCUCAACCAGGCCGUGGGAUCCGAUUCCAGAAGAAACAACAGAUUUGGAAGAACUCGAGCAGUUCGCCAAGACUUUCAAACAGAGACGCAUUAAGCUUGGAUUCACUCAAGGAGACGUGGGUCUCGCCAUGGGAAAGUUAUACGGAAACGAUUUUUCGCAAACUACCAUAAGUCGAUUUGAGGCUCUAAAUCUUUCUUUUAAAAACAUGUGCAAGCUGAAACCGUUGCUGCAGAAGUGGUUGAAAGAUGCCGAUAAAAGCGUCAGUGACCCGGCACUGCUCAGCAAUCCUCUAACCUCUCCUGAUGCUCUUGGACGUCGGCGAAAGAAGCGAACUUCGAUCGAAACUAGUGUGCGAGUUGCACUCGAACGAGCAUUCCUUCAAAAUCCAAAACCAAAUUCGGAAGAGAUCUGUAUGCUUUCAAAUUCACUGUCAAUGGAAAAAGAAGUUGUCAGAGUUUGGUUUUGCAACAGACGCCAAAAGGAAAAGCGAAUCCACCCGUCGAACACUGGGAUGGCGAGUCCGCCACCUUUCAGCAUGGCGGGAGGGGGCGGGGGCUUAUUUUCCUCCAGUUUGAAUUUGCCCAUCUCUUCUUCCCUGACCUUAACAAGUUUGGGUCCGUCAAUGUCUCCUGGCAUUCCAGUCUCCUCGCCGCUUUCAUUUGUUUCCCAUCAUAGCUUUGUUCCUCCGUCGCCAGUAGAAUCUUCGAUCGCUAAAGUGGAAUAGUAGUCAGACGCGGCUAUUGGAGGCCAAAUAAUAUGCGAUCAUCGAGCGAGAUUACCUACCAAAAUUCAGCCGGCUGCUUCUUGUGCAAUGUUUUCCAAAACCGUCGGCGGGCAUUUGUCUUGGCUUCGGCAGUCGGGUGCUGCAUGAGAUGCUAAUCAUCACGACUCAACCGAAACAUGACCCUAAUCGCCUCAACCGUCAAGUGACUCUUAUCUGGCCUUUGGAAAAAGUUGAACACUUCGAUGAUAGCUACAUUUCGUCUCCAAGCCGCUCUGUAGUUGACGUGUUACUCUAAUGAAUAAAUGUGUUUCGGCCGAGCCAGUGUCCUGAGGCCAAUCGUUUCGUGUUGUGGCUAGUGUUUUUAUGUACAGCUUAGUUGUAUACAAUGAUAAGGCAGUGACCUAGAGUUAUAAAUCAUAGUGAACGUGAACGCCAUUGUGGACAUCAUAUCAGUGAGAUAAGUGCCGAUUGAGGAACAAGCUUGUGAACACCGUCCCAAGACAGAGGGUUUUGAAUUAAUUUCUAUUUGCGUCCCGUGUAUACGCCGAAGAAAAUAAUUGUUGCGAGAGUGAAAUAUUAUUAACAACUUUCCUCAAAUACUUGAACCCUUACAGUGAAAUGCAUAAGCUUGUGUCUUACUUGGUAUUUUCUCACACAUAGUGUCACAAGCAUCCAAUAUUUUGCUAUUGAAAAUCUCGAUCUUCUUCCGUUGUGAAACGCUAAUGAAAUGCAAUUGAAAAUACUAAAACACUCUGAGUUACUAAAAAUUAACGAUACUACGCAAGACUUUUUAAUAUCCCCACAGUAUAUUGUUUGUAAACUGACGAGUUGUGAAGUAAAUGGAAUUUUUUUAGCAUAAUCUGCAGUUCUCGCAGCGUAAAUCCGAUCAAAUUGUUCAAGGAAGCAAUUUUUAAAAUUAUUUUUAAUUGAAAUAAAUUACGUUAGGAGGCGUUGACCAUACCUACUAUACCGUGUAAAUUAUUACUAGUAUUGUAAGCUAUCGCUAGUUUUCCAGAGUGUCCUCUGUAAUUUCUAAAUAAGACUACGGCUACCUCCCUUUGCAUGUUCGAACUCUGCCACCGCAUGCAAGUAGGAAGGCGAGCGAGGAGACUGCCAGGCUGUACAGACUGAUCCCAUCGGACAUAUCUUUUGUGCAUUUGAACUUUUUCGUAUUACAAGAGCUCUAUACGCUCUUCAGCAAUGACAAAGAUAGUGUAUAGCAACUUAUGAACUUCUGUUACAAAGGUCAGGGAUGUUUUUGUUUUGUUUUUGCAUGAAACUUUGAGAUUUUGAUGAUAAUCAUGUUGAAUUCAUCCUCGUAGCAAACUCAUGAGCUUUAUUUCAUCGUUGUUUGUCGUAGCGAGUGUCGAUCCUAAAAUUAGUCUUUGAGCUAAUGGUCAGUGUGUCAGCUUAUUAUUGGAAUUUCGGUUCUCGUUAUUGUUAUCUCAUUUGUGAGAAUGCAAGUAUGACCCCGAUUACUCCAAGCCUAAUUUUUUGAAAUUAUUCAAAGUUAAACAUUUCGAGACUUGUUCACUUGAUUAGAUGUCAUUCUUUGUUUCAUGGGAAGUUUUAAUGUUUAAUCUAUUACGUUUGCAUUCUAUAACAAUAAUGUACAUUUUAUUGACAGAACAACUGUACCUCCAGAUUAGUACAACCCUUAGGACUUCCCGCAUGGUUUCGUCAGUUUCAUCUUGUAUUGCAACACAGGAUAGAUCGAAGACGCUCAAUUUAAUUAAAUUUAACGACUAAUUUGUUGAUAAUUUAUACAAUGCAAGUAGUAGGUUCUUGAAAAAAAUUGCAGCUCAUCUGUUUGAUUUUGGCCCUAAUUUAAUCUCGCGUCGCCGUUCCAAAAUACGUAACUCUUCAUCACACGAGUAUAUUUACCUAAGAGUUCGUCUCUACAGUCUUACAGGGUGAGUUCAACUUAGCGCAUGCACAUACAAAACCAUUAUUCCAAGAGGCAGAUGCUUCCUUUCCUACCAAACGCGUACUUAAAACUUAUGAAGUUUUCAAAAUGUUAUGCAGAUAUUAAUCAAGUCAUGUUUUAUUCCAGACUAUUAGAAGAAAUGAAUAUCAGUUCAACUUGGAAAUAAGCAGGAUUUCUUUAUCGCCACUUGCGUUGAUGUUAUUUUAUAAAUUGGCAGAAAACAUACGAUGGCAGUGUGAACUCAAGGCGUUGUUCGAACCCAUCGAAAUUCUUCGUCGCUUGCUUGCAUGUUAAUUCCAUAAAAAAUUUAUAUAACUUGAGAUCCUCUAAAAAUUAUUACAAGUUUGAAGUGUCAGCAGGGGUAUCGGAUUGGCGAAACGACUUUCAUUGAUUGUAAAUGGGCAUCGACAAUUAGACUUCAAUGGAAGUUGAUCAGAGAAAUAUAUUUACUUUAUGCAUAUUUGAAAAGGGAAGUUACUUGGAAUCGUUUUUGUUUUU